AUGUUCAAGCAACUCCCCCGCCCAAAGCUGCCCUUUUGGGCCUCGAGUCCUUCAGGUUCGACAAUUCUAGGAACCGCUUCAUUGAAAAAUACCGCUACAAGCCACCCAUUCUCAUGCACAACUAUACGAGCUGCUGCACAGAACCCACAUAAAAACGACAAUGCCAAAGCCAUAAAGACCAUCAUUAACUUUGCCAACAAGCGGAAACCUUUCCAGGCAUUUGUGUUUAUCACUUUAGGUGCUUUGUUAUUCAUCUCAAUUAAAGAUUUCCAGCAAACUUCAAUUUAUAACCAGAACGAUUUGGAUUUGGUGAGACCUACCUCAUGGCCUCUGUACUUAUAUUCGUAUCUGCCCCUGAAUACCAUAUCCAGAUUAUGGGGGUCCUUCAAUAAUAUAACGUUACCUAAAGGUUUAAGAGAACCUACUUUUAAAUUUUAUUCCUAUCUAUUCAAUGUCAAAUUAGAUGAAAUGUUAGAUCCAAAUUUGGAGAAUUACAAAAAUCUAGGCGACUUCUUCUACAGAGAGAUCAAACCUUCUUGUCGUCCAAUAGAUUAUAAUGCCCUAUUGGUUUCCCCCUCUGACGGUAAGGUUUUAAAAUUUGGUAAUGUCAAUGCAGAUGGUACAAUAGAUCAAGUCAAGGGAUUCUCUUAUAAUUUGAAAGCACUAUUGGGCGAUUCCACCUCACAGAAAGUGGCCCAUUCGCAAUCCAUCGAUUUCAAUCACCAGGACAAAGAUCAUGAUGAAGUUUACCAGUUGGAGCAAGAGUUCUUAUCUCAUCUUGAGAACAAUACUCAUAAAGUUUCAACACCUCAACCACAAUCUGCACAGAGGUCUUUGAUCACUUUCUCGCACGAAGGUGAGAGGUCAAUAUUACAUCCAACAACAAGAGAAAUCUUGAAUGCCACUACAGCUUUAACUCCUUCUGGUGAGGAAACAGAUCUAUUCUACACUGUCAUCUAUCUAGCCCCAGGUGAUUAUCAUAGGUUCCAUUCUCCCGUAACUUGGGUCUCCACUAUACGUCGCCACUUUGUUGGUGAAUUAUAUUCAGUUGCUCCUUAUUUCCAAAAUACUCUCAAUAACUUGUUUGUUUUGAACGAAAGAGUUGCCUUAUUAGGGUAUUGGAAACAUGGGUUUUUCAGCAUGACUCCAGUAGGUGCAACUAAUGUGGGAUCAAUUAAAUUGAAUUUCGAUAAAGAUUUGGUGACCAAUACAAGACACCAAAACGGGAAAAAGUCAAAAAAGAACACUUGCUAUGAAGCUCAUUAUAAUAAUGCAUCGCCAACCUUGAAAGGUCAACCUUUGUUUAAAGGUGAAGAAGUAGGUGGAUUCAGACUAGGCUCAACUGUCGUGCUUGUCUUUGAAGCUCCGAAAAACUUCAAGUUCAAUCUACAAGAAGGUCAAAUUGUCAAAAUGGGCCAGAAAAUUGGAGAUGUUGAAAACAGUUGA